AUGGACACCUUAUCACGGACGAUAUUCCUCCCCAUUGUUCUAGUGCUGGAUUCCUGGGUUUUCCAAUACCUCGUGUCGGUGUACUACGAGAGAAGACGCGAAAUUCGCGUAGGUAUGCUGCUGGUGGCGUCAUUUCUUGUGUUCGCCACGCAGUUAUACUUCCACGAAGAUCUCAAUAUGCUGACGGCAAUGAAUGACAUUUCCGAGACGAGUCUGCAGCUGACAUUCGUCCUUCAGAUUACCAUGAUAGGUCGCGCUGUCAGUGUCAAAGUGAAAGUCCGCUCUAUAGUCUGGUUCACCUACGUUGCUGAGGGGUUUGUCAUCUUAAGCUGGCUUAAUGUGUUCAUUUGCAUACUGGAUGCUGCUGGAAUGAUAACGGGCGAAGGUUUCCGAGUAUUUGGCAACGUGCUCGAAUCAGUCGCGCUAGUUUUCGUGCUCGCAUUUCGCUUUUUCUAUCUCUCUCUCUCACUUGGCUUUCGAACGGUGUAUACUGAACGAAAACUGGAAUUUUUUAUUUACUUGCUUCUUGUAUUCCAUGAAUUCCCUUUUGCCAUGAUCGAGAAUGAUACUGGUGUGUCGUGGGAAUUCCCGCAGGCUAUUUGUCACCGAGUACUCAUGCCAAUCGCUCUCCACCAAACACUACAAUCCAUUCCACACUUGGAAGCUAUGAUGUCCGCACUGCUUCGCGUCGCGACCCGCCGCCCUCUCGCCGCGUCGCUGACGCCUGCUGCUGCGUCGCACCUUAAUGGCGCUCUCUCGGCACAUCCAGCGGCUUCACAGUCGCGCGAGAUCUCGCAGAGCCGCGCGCUACUGAAGCGCAAGGGCGGUGCCUCGGCCUUUGUCGUUAAAACAUCGAGCUGGAACCGCAGCAAGGGCAACAAAAGUCACAACGCACUCAGCACCAAGCAGAAGCUCAAGAAGGACACAGCACCACACCGCACGCACCUGGAGCGCAUGCGUGAUCUUAAGAGCGCACAGCGCGCGAACGAGCGUAACGCCAAGGAGUGGGCGGCACUGGAGCGCAACGAAGAGCUCAACCGCGAGUUGGACGAUGUAUUCGAGUACCUGAACACGUCAGGCCCACUGGGCGACUACAUCUACGAGCCUGAACCGAGUCUCGAGGACGUUGACCACGUGGACGCACUCAAUAAACUCAACUCCAUCGCUCGAGCCGACCCGGACAUCAUGAAGGAAGUUGAUGAGACACAACGAGCAGUUACGGGCGACAAUGUUGAAGUUGAAGGGGAUGGGCUAGUGCAACACGAACUGGGGGUCAACGACUACAACUUCCUGCUCAGAGUGUAUGCGGUCAAAGGCUUGCACAAGGAAGCCAAUGCCUUGUUGACCAGGAUGGAGAAGAAUCUUGAGCCCAUCGCGGCGGAGAACACUGUAGUGCCCGUCAAGCCCGCGGACAGCACGGAGCUGGAGCUGAUGGACGCGCUGGAGAGCGUGCCGCACGUGGUGUCGCCGGACGCCAAGUCGUACAUGUUGUACGCUACGGCGUUGGGUGAGAACGGGCAGGCGGCGCAUGCUGUGCGUGUGAUUGGACGCAUGAAGGAGCGCGGAGUGAAGCCUAGUGUGGCCGUGUAUAACGCUGUCAUGCGCGCGUGCUCCAAGGCGGGGCGUGUGUCCUGGGCGUACAAUGUCAUGGAGAAGAUGCAGGUGGCUGGACUGGUACCCGACCGCGCGUCAUUCACGAUCUUAAUGAACUCUGCGAUCGCUGAGGGAGACCUUGACAAGGCUUUCGAGACCUUCCACUUGAUGCGGACCCACGUGGCUGAGCCGGACGAGGUGGCGUUCACUUGCUUGAUCAAUGGGUUUGCUCGCGAGGGACGUGUAGAGCGCGCGUUGAACUUGCUGGAAGACCUGCUCGAAUGCGGCCUGACACCGUCGCUCGUGACGUAUAAUACGCUGAUGAACGCAUGUGCCAAGUCGCACUAUUACGCGCACAAGGCUGUUGACUUUUACUAUGAGAUGCAAGAACUGUACGACUACACGCCCGAUCUGUACUCAUACACGACGGUACUUCACGCGUGCGCCAAGCACGGAGACUUUAUCCAGGCGGAACAGAUCGUUCGCCACAUGGAACGUCACCAUGUUCCUAUGACGGAGUUCGUGUACAACACGCUGUUCAACGUGUACGCACGCGCACAAUUUAGGGAUAUUGUGGACAAGGCUCCACGCAAUCAGAAGCCAUUGGCCAAAGCUGAGCCGAUUUAUCAGGAGCCGCUCGAAUGGGACGACGAAGGUAAGGAAAUUGACUUGACACGCCCUGGCAAAGAGACGUUCUCGCUGCAGAAUGCCAACUAUGACGGACGCUUUGAUGAGGAUGGCGAUGAGGAGGAAGAGCUAGACGAAAGGGAGAGUUACAAGCUCAGUCCGGAGGCUUUGGCACAGGUGGAAGCGUUACGUCAGCAGGAUAAGGCUAGCCACGAAGAACUCAAGAACGCCGAAUCGAUGGACUUGAUGAAGACAGAGCGGAGUAUGGAAGUCUACGGCGAAGAGGACGACAAGCUGUUUGCUGACAGUGAAGAAUCGCUGGACUUUGAGCUGACGCCGAUGGACUUGGAGGACUUUGGCAAGUUCCAGACGCUCAACAUUAAGCGUGCUGAGGUUCGGUUCCAUGAGAUGACCUUCGAGAAGGGACUGAAACCGUCUCUUACUACGUUAAACUCGAUGCUUGGAGUAUACGCCAAUGCCCUUCGUCUGCGCUCAGCGGAAGUCUUCAUGAACGAGACGUUCUCAAAGUUCGAACUCAAGCCCAACAAGUUCACAUACCGUAGCAUGAUGCAGAUGUAUGUGCGUGCUAAGCGGACAACACAGGCUGAGCAGUUGUUGGAGCGUGUGCGCUCAGAGAUUGAGAGUGGUGAUCUGGAGGCGGAUGAGGUGACGUUCGGCUUGUUGGUGGACCAUUACGCGAGGAAGCGCUUGAUGCGUCGCGCACUCACAACACUCGAGGAUGCAGAUGCACUAGGUCUGCAGUUGCAGGAAAAACAUUUGAAGAAGAUUCGUGCUCUGACGGAGAAGUAUGGCGUCUUCACUGACCUCAUUCCGGAGAACCCGAACGCUGUACUUCUUGCCAGUUCUCGCCACAAACUCAUGGAGAAGCGGAAGGUGCGUGCACAAGUUUUGGAGUACAACCGCAAGAUCGGAAAGCGCUUUCUUCUUCCAGACACCGUCUAGACGGCGGAAUCGCAGCUUGGCCUGGUGAAGGAAGGUGGGUACUACACAACGUUAGAUAGAAGCUGUCCGAAUAAGGAUAAUAUGUUUUGAGGACUAACCACGCAGCUAGUCCACAUCACAAACUGCUAUGGUUCUGUGUCCUCUAGUCGUACUGGGAUGGUACUGCACCCGCACAGGUCCUAAAACACCUUUGUAUUCCUACAAGUUGCUGUUAUUAGUCGCUUUGAAAGCCACAAAAGAACUGCAACGGGCGGUGAUUGACUAACGGAGAUAUAAAGGUGAAAAUGUUG